AUGAUAAUUAGAAAAGGGGAACCGAGGUACGGAAAUCUGUUAGAAUAUAAAAAGACAGCCCUUCUUCUCUUUAUAAACACCCAAAAACUCUUCCAUAUGCCCAAAUUCGAUUACAACAACCAAGACCCUGAGUACCGUCGCCAUCAAGCAGAUGUGUUGAAGCAGAAUACUGACCUAUUCUUCGGUAUCAUCGGGAACAAUGAUCUACCCGACAAUGAGCCUAAGCGUUCUUACAAGGGGUACAAACUGAUCAAAGACGAGGACAGCGAAGCUACCACUCCCCUCCUCAGCAAGCAGAGCAACAACCAAACCACAGCAUCAUCAACAUCACAUUCAUACCACUCACACAACUCACACCAUUCGCAACCUCAGCUACGCAAGUAA